UUCAGUGCCAUUUGAAAGCUUUAAUUCUUCUUCUCUCUCCCCCUCUAUUCUUAUCUUCAUUAAUUGUUUAAUUCUCUUGCAAAGAAUAUGGCCAGAAUUGCCUUCGGACGUUUCGAUGAUUCUUUCAGCUUGGCCUCCAUUAAGGCCUAUAUUGCUGAGUUCAUCUCCACCUUGCUUUUUGUUUUUGCUGGCGUUGGUUCUGCCAUUGCUUACAACAAGUUAACGAGCAACGCAGCUCUUGAUCCGGCUGGCUUAGUAGCCAUAGCAAUAUGCCACGGCUUUGCUCUAUUCGUUGCCGUCGCAGUCGGCGCCAACAUCUCCGGCGGCCACGUCAACCCUGCCGUCACCUUAGGUUUGGCUGUUGGUGGCCAAAUCACCAUCCUCACCGGCAUCUUUUACUGGAUCGCUCAGCUUCUUGGCUCCAUUGUCGCAUGCUUCCUUCUCAAAUUCGUCACCGGAGGCUUGGCUGUUCCAAUCCACAGUGUGGCUGCCGGAGUGGGUGCGAUUGAGGGAGUAGUGAUGGAGAUCAUCAUCACCUUCGCCUUGGUUUACACCGUUUACGCCACCGCCGCUGACCCAAAGAAGGGAUCCAUCGGAAUAAUCGCCCCCAUCGCCAUUGGUUUCAUCGUGGGCGCAAACAUCUUGGCUGCCGGUCCAUUCUCCGGCGGAUCGAUGAACCCAGCUCGUUCAUUUGGGCCUGCCGUGGUGAGUGGAGACUUCGCAGGGAACUGGAUCUACUGGGUUGGGCCUCUCGUUGGGGGUGCCAUUGCUGGCCUUGUGUACGGCAAUGUGUACAUCAACUGUGAACACCAACCUUUAGCCAGCAGCGAGUACUGAUCAAUUUUUUGAAAUUGGUGUGGUUUUGUCUUUGUAAUAAAAUCAAAUUUUCUUAUUGGGACUCUCUUUUGUUUUCUUCUUGUAAAGCGUAGCUGUUGUCAACUUUCUUUUGUGCUUUAUGGGAUUAAUGCAUGAAUUUGGUCUCA